AUGUCCGAUAAAAAGCCAAAGACAAUAUUUACUGAUCGAGAUCCUGCAAUGGCAAAGGCAAUAUCUUUAGUGAUGCUAGAGACUUAUCAUAGAUUGUGCUUAUGGCAUAUUUAUCAAAAUGCUCUUAAAAAUCUUAAUCAUCUAUUUAAGAGCCAAAAAACCUUCAAUGCUGAUUUUAGAAGUUGCAUAUAUGAUGGUGAGUAUGAAGAGGAGUUCAUUAGUGCUUGGGAGAAUAUGUUGGAAAAAUAUGAUCUUCAAGAAAAUGAAUGGUUGCAAGAUCUAUUUAAAGUGCGAGAAAAGUGGGCUAUGGUGUAUGGGAGAAAUACCUUUUCUGCAGGUAAGAAAAGUACACAGCUUAGUGAGAGUUUCAACUCUCUUUUAAAAGAUUAUUUGAAGUUUGAUUUGGACAUAGUACAAUUUUUCAAACAUUUUCAAAGGGCUGUUGAUGAUGUCCGUUAUAAUGAAGUUUGUGCAAACUAUGACAUGAGCCAAAAAAUUCCCACUUUGAAGGUUAAUGUUCCUUUGUUGAGACAUGCCAGAGAUAUCUACACAGGAGCUAUUUUUACUAUGUUCCAAGAUGAGUUUGAAAAGUCAUUGAUGGUGGUUGUUGACACUUUUCAUCAAAGUGGACCAGUUUCUACAUAUAAAGUUCAUAAUUGUGAAGGUUCUAGGCAACAUACAGUUACAUCUUCAAAUGGUUUGAUUACAUGUAGUUGUAAAAAUUUUGAGUUUGUUGGAAUUAUGUGUAGCCAUAUUUUGAAAGUACUCGAUGAGAUGAAGAUUAAGUUGAUGAUCCCUAAACAAUUCAUAAUGAAGAGAUGGACCAAGAAUGCAAGGGCUGGAACUGUCUUGGAUAUUCAUGUGUGA